AGGCCCGUGAUACGGCGCGCGGCGCAGACGAGCAGCCAGUGGCGAGUUUCGGUCGUGACGUGUGUCGCCAGUACCCGCCCAUCAUCCGCAGCCCGUCUUCUUUGCGGCACAGGGAAUCCGUAACCUGGACAAACGGCAGCCAGACUUCAGUCCACAGAUCCAUCCAUCAUCGCUAUGGGAAUUAUAGCGUUCUUCUUCCAAAACGAAGCGCUUAUCCCCUACUACUUGAAACCCGUGCACGCCGGGGCACAGACUAUAAAAAGGCGUCAGUGGACGGAAUUCGUACACUGAAGGAAUAACCCAGCAAAAGGGACAAUACCUCACAACAAUGUGGGUGUCCUGUUGAUGCGGAGAUGCUGAUGCUCCACCUAUGAAGCCACCUAUGAAGUAACAGAUGUGGACCUGGGCAUAUUUAAACAAGAGUGAUUCCGCAGGGACAAUGCCUGGGAAAAUGUCUUUGACUUGGUCGCUGAUGAUGCUGCUGUUCACUGCGGUCAGUGACGUCCUAACCCACACACUGACCCCCAGCACGACCACAGAGAAGCCCUUGUCCCCUCGACACUACCGCCACACCGACCAAGCUGGAAACAAGCUGGUGUGCGACAAGUGUCCGGCGGGCACCUACGUGUCCUCCCACUGCACAGAGGCCACCGUACGGGAAUGCAGCCCCUGCCCGGACGGCACCUUCACCCGGGGCGAGAACGGUGUUCAACAGUGCCACGCUUGUCAGAGACGCUGCCAAGCCCCAUUUUUCGAGAAAACUCCCUGUACGUCCACCACCGACCGGCUGUGCGUGUGUCCUCCGGGCAGCUUCUCCCAGGGUGGAAAGUGUCAGCGGCACUCAUUAUGUCCACCGGGGUGGGGCGUCCGAAAGCGAGGAAGUGAGACAGAGGAUGUGCGCUGCCGGCCAUGUCAGCGUGGCACCUUCUCCGACGUGGCAUCAAAUGCUCUGAGGUGCCGAUCUCACACAGAUUGCUUGUCUCUUGGCUUAACGCUGCUGAUCAAAGGCACAGAAAAGACAGAUAGUGUGUGCGGGCCAACUCCAGCCAGUUCGGUCUAUGUCCUACUUGGAGAGGCCUCCGUUUCCACGGUUUCCAGCACUGAGUCAGCAUAUAGAGCAAGCACUGCCGUUUUACCAGUUACAGAGAUUCAAGAAGUAGCCGGGUCGGUCCUCAGUAGCACAGAAACGGCCCUCGACGCUGAAGAAGACAUUCCAACAACCACAACCACAACUUCCUCCAAGACUAGUGAUGAGGAUGGUGGACUCUUAAUCGCUGCAACUCAGGACCUCCCUAAAUUGCAAAACAAGUUUUCCUCAUCACGAGACCCCCAGGUUGCCAAUCAACAGGCCAUGGAGACUCUGUCUGAGGGCAAGGCCCAAGGUUUGGGGUACCGGCCCAUCCGCAGAGGUGCACCGAGGCCUAGCACGCACAAGCACUUUGACAUCAAUGAGCACCUGCCUUGGAUGAUAGUCCUGCUGCUUCUGCUGGUGCUGGUAGUGAUCGUGGUAUGCAGCGUAAAACGCAGUUCACGAGUGCUGAAGAAAGGUCCUAGACAGGAUCCCAGCAGCAUCAUGGAGAAAGCCAUCCACAAGAAGCCCAGCUCUCCUGCGCAGACAAAGGAGAGGUGGAUCUACUACUCAAAUGGACAGGGUGUUGACAUCUUGAAGCUGGUGGCAGCACAGAUUGGCAGUCAGUGGAUUGAUAUGUAUAAGUCUCUGGCCAGUGCCACCGAGAGAGAGGUGGCCGCAUUUUCCAACGGCUACUCGGCUGAUCACGAGAGGGCAUACGCUGCUCUUCAGCACUGGACCAUACGCGACAGUGACGCCAACCUGGCUAAGCUGAUCAAUGCCCUUCACCGCCAGCGCCGCAUCGACGUGGUGGACAAGAUACGUAGUGUCAUGGAAGACAAUCCUCAGGUCGACCUGAACAAGCUAAUGACGGCUGUGAAUGUAAGCCAUUGUCUGAGCCCCAGCCAUAAGCCUUUCGAGUCACCCGGUGUGGUGCUGGAGCAGUCCCCCAUGGAGCGCACCAAGGGAUUCUUCACCGACGAAUCAGAGCCUCUGCUGCGCUGUGACUCCACUUCCAGCAAGGACUCUGCCCUCAGCCGGACAGGCUCUUUCAUAACCAAAGAGAAAAAGGACACGGUGCUGCGGCAGGUGCGUCUGGACCCAUGUGACCUGCAGCCCAUCUUUGACGAUAUGUUGCACAUUCUCAACCCCGAGGAGCUCCAUGUUAUCGAGGAGAUCCCGAUGGCGGAGGACAAGCUGGACCGCUUGUUCGAGAUAGCAGGGGUGAAGAGUCAAGAAGCCAGCCAGACGCUGCUCGACUCGGUCUACAGCCACUUGCCUGACCUUCUUUAGACCACACCUCACUAUACAGAAACAAAGUGAUGGACACACAGAUGUGCACUCACUCCGUUCCAUUGUGUCACUCGAUGACAUGCACGUAAUCUUAAAACCUCUGGAAUGCUCAGACAGGAGUUUAUCUGCAAUUGAAAGAAGCGUUCUCUUGUUUGUGAGCUCUUGACUGGAUACAGCUGGUGUCAAUGCUAUAACCUCUCUAACAUGCAGCAUAUUCUUGCACACAUCUCAGCAUGAUGUCUAACUCAAAGCUAUACGAUGUAAUUUAUGAACCGAUUUUGUAAAUUGUUAAAUCAAGCUUUUAGUCCUUUGAUGUUAUGUUACAAUGUGUUUUUUUUUUUAUUACUACUUACAGAUUAACGCAUCCUAAUCAGCAAAGUAUUUUUGUUCCCUUUGUUUGUCCUUUUUACGUUCUCAAGUAUUACCACUGUAGCUUUUUUUUUAGAUGCUAAUUUUGUGUUUUAUGUGAUUUCAAGGGCAUUGAAAAUCAUUCCAACUGGUUAUGAUAGUAAUCGGUGGAUUAUGUGCAUUCACUAUACGACUCUCAAAAUAAGCUCCGUCUCCAUGUGCUUUUCCAAUAAAAUAGGGCAAAAAGCAAGUAUGAUCGCUACGUAAUUUCACACAGGCUAGAGUACCACCAAAAAAAGUCACAUUUAAAUGUAGCAUUACAGUAUUGAUUUUGCAGAUGACGAUAUGUAGUACAGAGAGAAUGUCUCUGUUCAACUCUGUUGAAAUCAAGUCACUCUGGUGCUAGAUGCUAAACUAUGGGAUAGUGGUUGAUUUUAUCCCAAUAACAGGGUGUUUAUGGUCAUUUGACCGAUGAACUUUAAAAAAAAAAAAAAAUGGGUCAAAACGAAACAGCAGCUGUAUUAACUCUCCUGGAUCUGAGGAAGAGCGACAGAUGAGCUGUUUGGACAGAAUCACGGAGUGGAAAGCUAAUAUGUAUUCUAAUGGCUGUUUUAAGAUGUAACACAUGUAACCAAGACAUUUAUUAUUAUUGAUAAUUAUCAUGUAACCUGGGAAAUCAACAGAUUAAAGUCUUUUGUCAUAA